AGCAUUCAGCAGCAUAUUGGUGUCGGCUUGUUCACUUGGUCAGAUGGUAUCGUGGGUUCUCUAGCGAUAUAUAUCUAUUUUUUAUUUAAGAAUAAAUAAUAAAAGCAUCAAGAUGAGUUCUGGAAUGCCAGAACUUGGCUCUAAGAUCAGCUUAAUAUCUAAAGCUGAUAUUCGUUAUGAAGGAAGACUUUUUACUGUUGAUCCUCAAGAAUGUACAAUUGCUCUCGCGAAUGUACGUUCGUUCGGUACCGAAGAUCGAGACACGCAAUUUCCGGUCGCUCCACAAAAUCAAAUUUACGAGUACAUUCUCUUCAGAGGUUCUGAUAUAAAAGAUAUUCGGGUUAUCAACAAUGUCAACACUAUUCCUAAUGAUCCAGCGAUUGUUCAGAUGACAGUUCAACCAACGAUGAACCAACAGUCAUACCAACCGCAGCCUGGAUAUGGACAUCCAAUGAUGGGUCAAAUGCCUCCAAUGGGUGGACAAUAUGGGCCGCCGUAUGGUAUGGCCAUGGGAGCAAUGGGUCCAGUAAUGACAAUGCCUCCAGUUAGAGAUCCUCGAGGAACAAUGAAUAAACCUCCAAGUGAGUUGACCUCAGGACCCAUCGAUUCCAACGUCAUCAAUAUCCCCAAUACACUGCCGACGGCCAACGUCAAGCCGUUGACAAAAGAUCAAUCUCUUGAAGAUGGUGUUAUGGAUCUAAUAAGUGGCUCACGUUCAACGACACCAACAUCUUCAUUGCUCACUAGAAAAAGCCCAACAAUGGAUCAAGGAACCCAAGUAGGACAACAGCAACAACAAAAACAAUCUGUUGGAAAAGCUAUUGAGAAGCCUACUAAUCGAACUGUACAUCCACAACAAAAUCGUGAACGUGACACACAAAAUCGUGGUCGGACUGGCAGUGGAAUGUCACAUUACAGCGACGGAAAACGUGAUGUAGUUACUCAUGAUAAUCAGAUGCACAAUCAAAGACAUUCUCGUGGCUCUCAUGGAUCCCAAGGUUCUCAUGGACCUCAAGGUAAUCGUGGCAGUCGUGGUGGAUGGAUUCCACGGGGUAACGUUUCACGCGGGCGUGGACGAGGACGUGGUGGUGCUUUUCCACAAAAUCAAGCGGGUAAUGCUGGUGGUAAACCCAAAAACACUUUGAAAUUCGACAAUGAUUAUGAUUUUGAACAAGCAAAUACUGAAUUCGAAGAACUUAGAUCUCGAUUGGCUAAAACAAAGAUCGAUGUGGGUACAGAAAAUGAAAAGAAAGACGACAGCGGAAAUGAGACAGGAGCUGGUGAAGGAGAACCUGAAGAAGAAACUGAUGUUGUCCAUUAUGACAAAGCUAAAUCGUUCUUUGAUAAUAUUAGCUGUGAAGCUGUUGAGAGAAGUAAAGGAAGAUCUCAACGUACGGAUUGGCGAACAGAACGUAAAUUAAAUUCAGAAACAUUUGGAGUAUCAUCAACAAGACGUGGUGGUUUCCGUGGUAGAGGCUACUAUAAUCGUGGAAUGGGUGGUGGUACAUAUCGCAAUAAUAAUACUGGACCUGGUGGACCAUUAGGUGGAGGUAACAUGGGAUCAGGUGGAUACCGUGGAAAUUAUCGAGGAAAUCGAGGUAACAAUUCGGCUAAUCGUAAUAAACGAGGGCAAAAUCACGGUAGUAACAGUAAUGGAGGACAAAAUGGUCCUAUCAAUAAUCAAAGUACAAGUCAAAAUCGUCUUGUUACUGGUACCGCGUAAAAGUUAUUCAAUUUAUAAAUAUAUACAUACAAAUAUAUGUAUAUAUAUCUCCCCUGAACCCAAUAUAAUGAUUAUUAAUCACUAGAACGGGAUUAAACAUACAAUUAUAAAUAAACAACGCGAUACUUUAUAAGUAUUUACUUAGCUUAAGAUUUUUACUGUGUGUGCGGUGUUAUAAUAGCGAGAGAAAUAAAAAUAAUCGAAAGUAAGAUAAAAUAAUAAUUUUAAUUAGUAUUUCGAUUAAAUUAUGAUUUAUGUGAAUUUAAUGUCAUUGUAAAAAAAAACAAAAAACUUUGACAUUACGAUAAAGUAUACAGAACUUCGUAUUCUUUAAAUUCAUUUAAAACGAUAAAUAUUAUUGUGUUUAUAAUUUUAAAAGUAAUCAAGAGUAUGAUCAUCAGCCGCGAUAUAAAUGCAUUAAAUCUCAUACAUUUGAAGUUACGUUUUUUUUUUUAUUACUAUUAAUAUUAUCGAUUCAAUUAUCUUAUAUUUUUAUUUUUUUUGGUUUCGUCAGUGAAAAAUAUUUAGAAUAGCAUCGGUAAAUGAAAUAAAGAAUAAGAAUAGGGUUUUGGGGAGAAAUUAAGUAAUUAAAAAAUAAACGAAUAAAUUUAUUCUUCAGUGUUUUAAGUUGUAAAAAAUAUGGGAAAAAAAAGAAUAAAAAUGAAAAAAAAUUCCAAUUAAAAAUAAAAAUUAAUAUAAGACAUGUACUGAAUAGAAGCAGAUUUGAUUUAACUCUCCUGUAAGUAUUACUUGAUAAUAAUUAAGGCAUAAAAUAAUAAACUAUAUAUGAUUAUAUAAGCAUAUAUUUGUUUUAAAAAAAAAAGGAAGGAUUUACUAUGAUGGAAAUAUUAGGUGUAGUUGGAUUGUAUCCGCUAAGACGGAAGUCGAUGGAUUAUUUUAUUGCCAAAUGGAUUGUUAUCAAUCAAAUCUGUCUUUCCUCAUGAUUAUCAAUAAAUAAUUUUGAAAUAUUUUGAAUAAUGUAAUUAUAAGUUAAUUAACUAAACAAUUAUUAAUUAAAUAAAAAUUGUAUGACGUCGUAAUGCGCUAUUCUCUCGUAAAUACUGUUAAUAAAAAAAAAAUUAAUAACAAUAAUAAUAAUACAAUGCUCGCGAUCAUUUAACAUUGAUUGCUUAUCAUGAACUCGCAUGAAUUAACGUAUUGGAUGUGAUCAUUGACCGAACUAAAUUAUCAAUCGGUAACGUAUUUUCUCUAAGAAAAUUAAAUGUAAAAGUAAUGUCAUGCUUUAUACUAUAUAUAUAUAUAUAUAUAUAUAUAUAUAUAUAUAUAUAUAUAUAUAUAUAUAUAUAUAUAUAUAUAUAAUAUGUAACGGUGAAAUGUAAAAUAGGAUACUUAUAAAUAAAUAUUAAAAAAGUAAAAUUGAUAAUAAUUAAAAAAAAAUUAUAAAUAAUAAAAAUGAUAUGAACAGAGUGUCGUGAUAAUAAAUUUUUCAAAAUUAUGCCGCGUGUUAUAAUGGUAUUACUUAAAAUUUAUUGCCAAUCGAUAAAUAAAUGAAUAAAGUUAAAGAUUUGGCUUAACAAGAUUUAACAAAGUUAAUUAUCGAGUUUAAAUUAUCCGCGUGUGGAAAUAAAUUAUUUAAAUAAUUUUUUUUUUUAAUGUCAGAGUAUUGAAAAAUAAUAAUAUUAUUAUAAAUCAUAAACAAUAUACUGUUUAUGAUAUAAAACCCUCAAAGAAAAUUUAUUUGAUAAUUAAUGACUACGAGCAAAUAAAACAAAUAAAUUAUUUGAAAAAUUUAUUAUUUAUAUUAAUAGUUGCCAAUGAUAACUGUAACUAUUUGCACAUGUUACUUUUAUAUAUUUACUGUAGGGUUUUGAAUUUUUUUUUUUUCUUGAAACGACAGAAGUAUGUGUGAGUUUAAAUGAAUCUCACGCUGUUUUGAAUUUAGAUUUUUAAAUUAAAAUGAAAGUUGAAAUUGUAUGAUUAUUAUUAGACAAUUUGAGAAGAAGAAGAAAAAUGUUUAUUAUGAUAAUUAUUAAUUGAUUGUUUGCGGCUGUUAUUUUUUUAUAGACUUAAAUUGAGUCUUAUCUCUUAUAUAUGUAAUGUCUACACCUCAAAUGAAUAAACAAAUAUUCCACACUCA